AGGGACACCCGUGAGGUGGUGGCCAUCAAGUGCGUGAACAAGAGCAGCCUCAACCGAGCGUCGGUGGAGAACCUCCUGACGGAGAUUGAGAUCCUCAAGACCAUCCAUCACCCGCACAUCGUGGAGCUCAAGGACUUCCAGUGGGACAGCGACCAUAUCUACCUGAUCAUGGAGUUCUGCGCCGGGGGGGACCUCUCCCGCUUCAUCCGGAUGCGCAGGAUCCUGCCUGAGAAGGUGGCACGCAUCUUCCUGCAACAGCUUGCCUGUGCCCUGAAGUUCCUUCACGACCACAACAUCUCCCACCUGGACCUCAAGCCACAGAACAUCCUCCUGAGCUCCCCGGAGAACCCCCAGCUGAAGCUGGCAGAUUUCGGGUUCGCUCAGUACAUGUCACCGUGGGACGAGAAGCACGUUCUGCGGGGCUCCCCGCUCUACAUGGCCCCCGAGAUGGUGUGCCGCCAGCAGUACGACGCUCGGGUGGACCUGUGGUCGGUGGGCGUCAUCCUUUACGAAGCACUUUUUGGGC